AUGCCUACGCCGAGCAUCCGUCUUUUGAGUCAGAUGGGGAUGGGCAUCAGCCCCGGCCCCGGCCCCGAUCCCAGCGCCGACAAGCGGCGAGUCCACUGGUCGACCAACUACGUGAGCGACACGAUGAUCACUUUGCAAUUCAGCUACCUCGCGCGGGCGUACACCAACGCGUCGAUCGGAUUCCGCCUGCUCGGCAUCGACCGCACCACCAACGACACAUGGGCGGCCAACGGCGACGACGUGGCCAUGAAGCGCGCGCUGCGCCGCGGCUCCUACUCGUCGCUCAACCUCUACUACCAGUCGAUGCUGCAGGCCGCGGCCAACACGCCCGGCAUCCCCGCGGGCUCGACGUUGCUGGGCUUCUGCAGUCUGCCGGCGGCCGGGGUGACGGCGACGACGCCGCACAGCUCGUAUACCCUCGACGGCUGCAAUCUGCUGGCCGCUACCAUGCCCGGUGGGAACCUUGCCGGCUAUAAUUUGGGCGGCACCACCGCUCAUGAGGUCGGCCAUUGGAAUGGCUUGUUGCAUACCUUCAAUGGCAAUAGUUGCGACCCUGGCGAUUUUGGCGAUUACGUCGCUGACACACCGCAGGAGAUGACGAGUACGAGUGAGUAG